UUCAGUUCUCGCCUUGACAGCGGGGUCGAAUUUGAGUGUAAUAAAUUAUGAUGUGAUCGGCCAAAAAUGAGCUGGGAAAUGAAGAAUAGGUGCGGAAGGUCCGAACUGACCUCGCAGCUGUACAGGAUCGAACGUGAACGCAGGGACGACGUACGCAUGCAUGACACAAUGGCCCAACAGUUCAAAGCGAGGCGGUCGGUGCUAAAUUUUUAUUUGGACAAAACGGGAAAGGGACGUUUGGAGGCGCAGUCGUCGGUUUGCUAUGAGGAUAUCCACGACAUGCUGUUCACCGAUGGCGAAUUGGACGUGGAUAAGAUCCUGUGCCUGCACCUUCUGACGGCUCACCGUGCCGAAACGCUGACACCUCCAGCUCGAAGUCGUAGACCAAUCAGCUUCCUGUCCAAGGAUCAGUCACCCCUCGAAAAACUGAUCGAGAGGUCUCGAAAACGUCGCGUAACGAACAGGUGUCCGAAACUCUCACCUACCUACGUUUUAGACGUCAAUAAUGAGCAGAAAGAGGUGAUAACGGACGGACGGUUAGCGGAGAGAACAAUCAUCAACGAUAAAAUAAUGCUGCUGAUACAAACGGUUCUUGAAGCCUUACAAGUUUCGAAUCCAGAAAAGAUGAAAGAUCUUCAGACGAAGGCGCAGGACGGGGACGUUUUAAUGGGGAUCGCUCAAAAACCGGAGAUGCAGGACUUUCUCCAGAUACUGCGAAAGCAGUUGAUCGUUUCCAGUUGCGAGUGCUUUCAUUUAACUCAACCGUUUAAAGCGGCAACGGUACCACUGCAGGUGGCGCCUUCGGCUCUCAGUUUGAAAUCGCUGGUAAAUUACAUUAGAGGCAAUGUUCUACAAAAUCCCUCGCAAAGUACUUGGGGUGAUAUGUACGAUAGGGAGGUGGGCAGUAAGGAGGAGAUGAUAAGCAGUUACUUCUACGAGAAGAGCUACAAUUCAAUUGACGGGUUUUCGAGCAGGUCCAGACCUGAGGCCCGUGCGGAAGAAACCGAAGCGAGUGACAUAGGAAAUUUAACUCGGAGAACGUUGGAUCUCGACGAUCCGAAAACGUCAAGAGCCACCGUCCUUUCGGCCGACGACACGUCGAGCGGACCAAAGCGACGCAAGCUGCCGGUAACAAGCUUAGAGCAAGUCGACGACGAUAACAUCGCCAAAAUUGGCGUGGAUAGGCUGGCGGUAAUUGUGGACCUUCACAUGAGGAAGUUGAAUUCCGAGGAGAAGAGACCGUCGAACAUUCAAAAGAGUCCGUCGUUAAGGGUUUACAAGAGUAUGGCGAGGGGUAGAGUCGGAUCUAAGGCUUCCAACGAUUCGGUCGAGUUAAACGUGUACGACUUGGCGAAGAUCUCCCAAGAAAUUCGACAGAAGGAAACCCAACAAAAAUUUGAAAGGUUUCUCAAGGAUGCGCAUUAAUUGCUUAUGUAAUUUGUUCACUAAAAAAUUCAUUGCA